AUGUCUGCACCAGCGGAGACUGUCACCGUCGCGUCCCCCGCCGACUUCCACGUCCAUCUACGACAGGGCGAGAUGGCAGAGGUGGUGACCAAGCACGUCCGCCACGGCGGGUUCUCUCUGGCCUAUGUUAUGGCAUGUCCUCUUCCGGCACUCUUGCUCCCGCCGCUGGGAUGGCUCAUCGCCGCCGACGCUGCAGCGAUCGAUCCGGGAGUCGAGUACCUGAUGACGCUCUACCUCUGCCCUGAGCUCACUCCGGACGAGAUCCGGAAGGCGGCGGGGGCAGGCAUAGCCGGCGUGAAGUCGUACCCGCGCGGGGUGACGACGAACUCGGAGGGCGGGAUCGAGUCGUAUGAAGCGUACUACGGCAUCUUCGAGGCGAUGGAGGAGGUCGGGAUGGUGCUCAACCUGCAUGGGGAGGUGCCGUCGGCGGCGGGGACGAACACGUGCGUGCUGAACGCAGAGCCGGCGUUCCUCCCGCACCUGCGCGCGCUGCACGGGCGAUUCCCGCGGCUGCGGAUCGUGCUCGAGCACGCGACAACGCGGGCGGCGGUCGAGUGCGUGAAGAGCCUCGGGGAGACGGUCGGGUGCACGAUCACCGCGCACCACCUCGCGCUGACGGUGGACGACUGGGCGGGGCAGGCCUGGCACUUUUGCAAGCCGGUCGCAAAGUACCCGGACGACCGCGCGGCGCUGCGGGAGGUCGUCAGCGAAGGCCACCCUCGCUUCUUCCUCGGCUCCGACUCGGCGCCCCACCCGUACGAGAGCAAGGCGGUCGCCUUCCCCACGCAGUCGUGUGCGGCCGGGGUGUACACCUCGCCCAUCCUCCUGCCCCUUGUGGCGCAGAUGCUCGACUCGUUCGGCGCGCUGGACAGGCUCGAGGGCUUCGUGAGCACACACGGCAGGGCGUUUUACAAACGGCCCGUGACGCAGGGCGACAGCGCGGUCGUCCUUCGACGUGGGGUGAGCAAACCGGUAGGGAUCGAGGGGUACGGGUCGGGUGCGACGCAUGUGGUUCCGUUCUGGGCAGGAAAGGAACUGAACUGGGAGAUUGUGCGGGAGUAG